CAACAUGCCCCGCAUGCAACUCUUCAAGCCUUUUAUUCGACUGCGACGCGUUAUCCAUGAUCUGCUCGCACUGUGGUGUCCUAUGCGAUCCAACGCAGAUCAUCAUCGACAAUGAAUCAAGUAGUCAUGGUUUCGGUCAACAUUAUGGUCUAGAAUUCGCGGGCCGUGCUCUCAUGCGUGCGGAUGGAGCUUCACGGCAGGGCUUUCAGACAGAGGAAGUGAGACGUGAUAUGAUUAAAGCCACCCGACAUAAGCUUAUUCGAGAUCUACUUUUCGCACUGAAUCGCCGUUCUGACAGCCUGAGUUACAGAGCGGAACACCUCUUUGACACUGUACACAAACGCGCACAUUUCGCGUGGGGUUCGACCCGUGCGGAAGAUGUGGCAGCGUGCUGUGUGUCUAUUGUUUUGAGAGAGGCAACUCUUCCUGAAUCUCUGCGAGAGCUUGCCAUACUCACGUCGCGACCUCUGCCUCGAUUAGCCCGCGUAUAUCGAAAAGUGAAACAUCUGUUAGGCUUGCAACUGUCGCUCACGGACCCACAUCUUCAUUUCCCUACCCUAAUUUCUCAUAUCCGCACUACUCUUGACGUUCGACUGCUCCCCUCCCUUCCUGCGACAACUACAGACCUCAUUCUUUCGGCGCCGCAAGAAUGCAUACUAGAGUGGGCAAGAAGGCUGCUCAACAUUGCUACAGACAACGGGCUCGUCCAUGGACGGCAUGUGGGAGCAGUGGCCUGUGCAGUAGUGCUUCUUGCUUUCGAGGCUGAAGCCGAAAUUCGACUACAAGGCCUCGAAGUUCUGGCCGGUUUGCUCGGUAGCCGCUUGGGGAAGAGGGCCUCCACCGUCCUCAAACGAUACUCCGAAAUUGUAAAGCUGCUCUCGUUUAUCAAGACCCAGUUGCAGCACAGGCAUCCUGAAGCCUUUCUAAGUCUCUCGAACGGUAUAGCAUCUACAAGCCGUAUGAGAUGGCUCAAGGAUGUGCUUAUCCUGAUUGGCGAAGCUUCUGGAAGCGAACUGGACGCCGGACGAUGGCCGAUUCUUCCAUAUUUGGGGCACAAGAGGAACAAUAUCAGUGAUUCCGUCUCGUUGGCAUAUGAUGAACCCCACAUCGGGGAGGAUGACGUGGAAUGUGACUAUUGGUGCCAGGACUGUGAAGAUGAUGGGGACACCUCCCUUGACAGUCCGCGAAGUAACAAUAUGGUCCCAGUCCAGCACAUCACGGAAGGAUCUAACCAUAUGUCUUCGGCCCGUCCUGCAUAUAUACGCACUUCCCGACUUCGCCAGACAAAACCAAAACUGGAAGCGCUUGUAAUCAGAGCAGCGACCACGUUCUUGGCACCCAUGCGUGGCAUUCCGGACCCUGAAGGUGCAUGUGCGACUCGAAGACUGCUUUUGCAGUCGGAUGCACCGUUAGCCGAUGUUGGGAACGUGCUGCUUUCCGGUACGCGGCUCUCGCGUUUAGCUGCGGAGCGAGGAGGACAACAUUUGGUGCAAGACGACGAACUAUUCUGUGAGGGAGAGUUGGAAUCUUAUCUCCAGAAGCCUAGCGUUGCCGAGUAAUAUUGCUCUCUGACACUGCUGUCGAAUUCCAUGGUAUGUGUACGACUGGGGUUGUGACUGGUAGGAACCAGAACGUAUCACCUAAUAUACGUGUUUGAGUACCAACA